CUUAGCAUCAUGUAUAGAACCUCAUCCAACACGCCACUCACCAGAAAACAAAUAUACUAUACUCGCACAACUGAAAGCCUAUAUUCAAAUCUCACGCCUAUACCCGUCGUUAUGGAUGCGCUAUCCACCACUGCCGCGCUUGCAACAACCGACCUCCCUGUGGACAUGCCCGCGCUCACGGUAACGCCGAUGGCAGCGCCAACCAACCCCACCGCCGCCCAAGUGUCAACGAUAGACUGCCAUAUCUGCGUAUGCAUGAAUAGGCGGAAACCCGCGUGGAAACAGGCCGGGCCGUCGAAGAUGUGCGUCCUCUGCGUCCGGCAAUAUUGCACCGUGCACGCUGCACCGGUGGACAAAGUAGGCGGGGAGGAUGUGUGCGAGAUUAAUCAUGAGACAUAUUACUGGAAGCAUGAGGCUAGAUGGGGCGAAGGGGUCCAUGCGACGCUGUACGAUAGGAAGUGUGAUAAGUGGGCUUCGUGUUGA